CGGAAGUCAACAAAUCAGACAGCGAGAUGCGACAACAAGAAGCACUUUACUUGAAGGAACUUCCCUCUUUUUCCGCUUUUUUUUGUAAGUUUAGUAUGUUUUAAAACACCGAUUAUUUAAAUGAAACCUCCUGUUUUUCACAAAUCGACCCGGAGACGAACUCUGAGCAGAAAUUUAUCAGGUCAGUUGAGUAAAAAAGUCUGAAAAUGCGGAUCGAUUCUCUUCUGUCAAGAAUUAACGUGGUGCUGGUGAUGGCCUACGGCAGUCUGGUCUUUGUUUUGCUUUUUAUCUUCGUCAAAAGACAAAUUAUGCGACUUGCCAUGAAAUCUCGUAGAGGACCUCAUGUUCCUCUCGGCCACAACGCACCGAAGGAGCGGAGACAAGAAAUUGAAGCCAAACUGUGCCUCGUCCAGAAAAUCCACUUUGAGCCUCGUCUGCUGUCGCCAGACGAUGACCGGCUGAAUCAGAGAGAGCAGUCAGGUUCCUACGACUACCUGUACAGGAUGAAAGCACUUGAUGCCAUCAGGGACACAGACUUUCCUUUCCGUGAGCUGGGAGGAACGUCCACGGCUGUGACAGGAAAACGGUUUCGUACGUGGCUUCUGCAGCUCCGAAACUCCCACUGCAUGUUCAGAGACAAGCAGAGGUCUGUGAUCGACACGGUGCUGGACGGGUACAAUAAAGCUCGACACGGGGCCGAGGCCUUUGGUGAAGCAGAAUAUGUGAAAUACCAGGAAGCUCUAACCGAACUGGCCUCUAUUGUGAAGUCUCACGGUGGUGGAGGCGGCGGCACUCCGAGCCAACGCCAUCAAUCUGCAGCCAAAGACUUGACGAUCAGCUCCGAGCCUGCAGGAACCUCCCCUUCCUCCCCCACCCAGACCACCUACCUCACCUCUUCAAUGCAGCAUCGCAGCAAGAGGCCCAGACACUUCCUGGAGCUGAAGAGCUUCAAGGACAACUACAACACGCUGGACAGCACGCUGUAAAAACGCCCAGUCAAAGGAAAGGUCAAGGACUAGGUAGUACUGCCAGUUAUUCCAGUGCCUACAGGUGAGUUUUGUGUGGAAAGACAAACAAACUGCCUUGAAGUACUAACGCCUGGUUCAGGGUAGAGCUGCACAGGUUAAUCGAUUAGUUGUCAAGCGUUUAAUGAUCAUGCUGGAGAGAUAAAAGUCCAAAUUCACUGAUUUCAGGUCUUUAAAGUGGACAAAACGAGACAUUUGACAGCUUAGGACUUCUAAAGCCAAACAACUAAUCGAUUAAUCAAGAAAUAUAUCAAAUAAUUAAUGAAAAUAAUUGUCCUAGUUUACAGUAUCAUGCAUAUCAGACUACUGGUACCUAAGUGUAGCUUACUUACUGUAUUACUGCAUGUUUAAGUGCUAUAUUCAGGUAUUAAAAUGGCUAUAAUGAGGAAGGAGGGUUGAUUAGACCAAAACAAAACUGGAGCUUCGAGGCUAUGCAGCAGCAGAAGACAAUCAGUAUUUAUUGCACAAUGCAAAAGCCUAUGCAAGACGUAUUAAAUGAGCUAACUGUAUGUAAAUGCUAAGCUAACUGUAGCGUCAUACUGAGAACAACACACUGUUUACUUCAGUUAAUGUGCUGUACAUCUUAGCUGCUUUUUUUUUUUUUUUUUGCUGCAAAAUGUUUAUUAUUAAAGCCUUAAACUUUUUGUGUUACGGAAGCCAUAUUUGUUUUCAGAAACUGUGAUCAUGAAGUGUUUUUUUUAAAAAAGGAUUUUAUCUCAGUGCAAUGUGACUUUAACAGUAUUUUUAGUGCAUUAAUGUAUUCUGAAUGUGAGGUGUUGCAUCAGGGUAAGUGUCUUUUCUGUGGUGCCUUCUGUACAAGUUACCAUCCAAAUACAAGUGUGACGUGCA